AAGCUCCCGAUUUUACCGCGCGCCAUAGGUCCAACCAGACCAUGUACGUUGCUGACAUCAGGCUCAUCGGCGGUAUUUGGAAUAGACCCGCGUGCGAUACUGUGUCGAUGGCGAAUCAGCGAAAGGGAUUUUCAAUAUACUGUAAUGGGUGGUGGGAAUGCAAGCUUGUUCGCCAAUGGAGAGGAGGCUGCUUACUCUGUGCCAGUUAAUAUAGUCGAGAAGGUGACGUGAUAUAGCUACCCUACUUCAUCUGUCAACAGAAGACGGGAUGAACUCGUCAGCGUGGGCGGGGUAUAUAAUACCCCUCCUCAGCUCCCAUAGCUCAAGCUGACUGUCUCAACCCUAAUCCCCUCCUCGCCACUCAAUUAUCCCUCUAUCAUCUAUUGUCAAUAUAUUACCCGUGGACUACCAACGAUCAAAGUGGAACAGAGCUGUCGCAAUGCCUCUCCCAUCCGACGAGCAAAUCCUCGCGACCUCGCGCGGUCUGAUCGACCAGCUUCAAGCGCUAUUUGGGAAACAUCCUGGGUUCCGCCCUGCUCAUGCAAAGGGCCACCUCUUAACUGGGACCUUCACCCCCACCGAAAACGCAGCCAAACUCAGUUCUGCCCCCCAUUUCAAUCUCCCAUCCACACCCCUCCUCGCCCGUUUCUCCACCUCCACUGGCCUCCCCGCCAUCCCCGAUACCGCCCCCCCAGCCGUCCCCCACGGCCUUGCCGUCCGCUUCCAGCUCCCCCCUCGCGACGGGCGCCGCGUCCACACAGAUUUAGUCACUCAUUCCACACCUACCUUCCCCACUCGCACCGGCGAAGAGUUCCUCGAACUACUCACCGCAAUUGGCGCCUCCUCGUCCUCUACCGAGUCUCCGAACCCCGUCGAGAAGUUCCUCAGCUCGCACCCUGCAGCACACUAUCAUGUCACGAAUCCGCCCCCUGAGACUGGGAGUUACGCUACAGAUACAUUCUACGGCGUUAAUGCCUUCCACCUCGUCGCUGAGGAUGGGAAAUCAACAGCAAUCCGCUACCGCAUCAUCCCUUCGUCUUCCCCCACCACGUUAUCAGCCGAGGAAUUAAAGGCGAAGCCAGAUAAUUUCCUACGCACCGAGCUCGAGUCGCGCAUCGGCGCCGGCCCGCUUGUCUUUUCCCUCGUUGCGCAGAUUGCCGCCUCGGGCGACCCAACUGAUGAUGCGACGUCCCUGUGGCCCGAGGACAGGGAUAUUGUGGAGCUGGGCAAGAUCGAGCUGGAUACGCUGCUCGAUGAGGAAGAAGGAGGGAAGGAGCAGAAGCGUGUUAUUUUCGAUCCGAUCCCGAGAAUUGAGGGGGUAGAGGCGAGUGACGAUCCGUUGUUGGAGAUGCGGGCAGCCGUUUACUUGAUUAGUGGACGGGAGAGGAGAGAGGCGUGAAGGGAGGCGUGAAGGUGAUAUUCCGGCCUGCCGUUUUAUGUUGUCCGUUGGCCUAUGGCCUAGGCUAGUCACUAAUACGAUUAUUGAUAUUGCUAGUUGGACUGUACUACCACCCGUCAAUACUGGUGGUAUAUCGUAAUUGAUGGAGAGUAUAUUUCUUACUAUCUGCUCAUACCCGCUGCCUAUUUAGCAUCUCAACUAAAGCUAUCUCUAUACGUGGCUAUGCUUAAUAAGUGCAAAUAAUGGUGAUCUAUAUAAGCAUGUACGCUGCACUACGUAUCUCCAUGAUAACAGUAAUGCCUCCUGAUACAACACUACCAUUGACAUCGACAUGAUUCGCCUCAUAGGUAAGCUUACAAAAGCAUAUAUAUCCCCCAGUACUUGUGUGUGGCUACUGGGUAAGCAACAUUUCCAAG